CUCCGGUCCCAAUCCAGAAGCACGCAAAAAAAAAAAACGGACAGUGGAAAUUUAUCAGGAAAAGGCUGCACUUUGGCAUUGAAACUGACAGGUCAACACAUUCAACGCUCAUAUAUAUAGGCUAGGCCAUCGAUCCCACACAUAACGCCAUCAUUCCAUCACACACCUUGGGAAGGAACAAAGAAACUGUCUGAACCGUCACCAUGAAGAAACUGCUGGCCCUUACCGUGCUCAUUGCUCUAUUUUCCUAUGGUGCGGAGAGUUUCCGUGUCCUGAGGGAAGUCCCCGAACCAGAAGAGGAACCUGGUCCCCUUUCCACAGUCACCAACACACUGUGGUCCUUUGUUGAAAAAUCAGUGGACACUGCUAAUGGCUGGCUGGAGAGCCUCAAGAACUUGAAGCUGGACGAGAAGGCAAAGAACAUGUUUGAUGAGACCACCAAGGCUGUGAGUACCUACAGCAGCAUCAUGCAAGACCAGGUGUACUUCCUCCUCUACUCUGAGUCCAAGUAAAUUCCCCAGGUUACUCGGUUCCCAUGCGAGGCCUCCAUCCUGUCUCCUUCCACACUUUGGGCACUCUGUACCUCCAGCUCUUGCCCAUCAUAGAACGACAUCACCCAAAGCUGGCUGACAAUCAGAUCCCAGAAGCGGACUUUCCACCACAGGCAACCAAUCUGUUAAGCUCAUUCCUUGCGCAUCAGCGCUCGGCUCUCAGGAAGACGACGAACGGUACAAGCGCACUCGGGUACAACAGCACAGUGCCACCGAGUGCAAGUGGCACGCGGUGGACAACGGCAACGGCCGCCCCCAUGCUGCUGUACGGUGCAUCCCUUUUGUCUACUUCUCGUCACCCUGCAUCGUUUCUAGAAAAAAAAUAAAAGCAUUUGUAGAAAA